AUGGACCAACGUGUUGGUAAAGUUUUCAGUAAUAUAGAAGAACUUGAAGAAAGUGGCACUGGAGAAUUUGAGGGAAGUGACACUGAAGAAUCUGAAAGUAGUAUUGAGGAAUUUGAAGGAAGAGACGCCAAGGAAUCUAAAGGUAUAUCAAACAAGCUGAAGUAUUAA